AGAUGGUUGUGUCACUAUUUAGUUGCUAGGCUGCUAGCUGGUGGUGAACUCUUGUGCAACGUUUUAACCCUUUUCUUCUGGAUAUCAUAAGGUCAUGCAAAGACCAUGAUAAUCCCCGAGCGACAAGCGCUUGCUAAGAUGCAUCAGUCAUUCUAAACAAAGGUCUUAGGUUGUGCAUAGGUUGGACAAACUGCGUCGGAGAGCAACUCAAGGACCCGAAUCGAGGCGCAAAGUCGUUUCCUGCUAACGUAGCAUCUUCGAUGUGAGUUUGCAUGUCAACAGGUUACUGUGUUUUUGGUAUCGGCAGACACUUUGAUUGGAUGGCAUUUCAUGGAGGCAACUUGCCUAAUUCGAUUUCAAUUAAACUUAAGCAAACAUGGAAGUUUUCAUGCUGCAAUGAGUUGAGGAACCAGUGAGUAAUUGCAUCAUAAUCCUCGAACAAGCUGUCAAGGAUGGAUCUGCAGAGAUCGACGACAUGAGACAGGAAAGCGUUAGCAUCUCAUGGAAACUAUGAACUGGAAGGACACAAAAUGAUAAAUGUUCCCCCGUGUACACCUGCAUUCUCAUGACACCAACACGGAGAUAUGGGCUUCUUAAGACUGGUAGUCAGAAUCAUGGGUAGGAUCAGUACUUUCAGGUCCUAUCAGUUUGUUCUGCUCCUAGCUGCUGCACUGGCGGUUGUUGCUUUUUACUACUUUGGCUCAGAGAGGCAGAACUUCUCCAGCACCACAAAGAGGAUCAAGCAGAGCCAGGCCAGCCACAACACCAACAGAAAUGAUGCAGACCUCUCUGUGGACACCAAGCUCAUACACUCGGCUGGAUCUGAGGAGCAAGGAGGAGAGGAGCGAGAUGCAGGAGGAGAGGGCGAGAGGUUUCUGUCCAGGAGACAGGACAGUGGAGCUGUCGAUCAACAUCACCAUGCACUCAUGAUGUUCACCAAGGUGGACAAGAGCCGCAGCCUGCAGGAUAAGUUCAGGGUGGCCAUGUUGUCUAUGGUGAAGCAUGCACGCUUCCUGGAAGGAGAGGUGUUGGUGCUUCAUUUUGUGAGCGACCCAGCCAGCAAAGAACUCGGAGAGAGGAUGCUGCUAGAACUUCUGUUUGAUGCAACAUUUAAGUAUGAGGUGUUGUUCCAUGAUGUGGAGGCUCUCACACAGAAGCUGUUCCCCAUCGUGGAGGCCAUGCAGAAGCACUUCAGCUCGGGCUCUGGGGCUUACUACAGUGAUGCCAUCUUCUUCCUGUCUGUUGCCAUGCAUCACAUCAUGCCUGACAGUCUGACACGUAUCCUGCAGCUUGACCUGGAUCUGAAGUACAGAACAAACAUCAGGGACCUUUUCCAAGAAUUUGAGCAUUUUCCUCCAGGAGCAGUGAUAGGAAUCACCAGAGAGAUGCAGCCAGUCUACAGACACACCUUCUGGCAGUACCGUAAGGAGAACCCUCAGACCAGAGUAGGUGAACCUCCUCCUGAAGGCCUCCCAGGCUUCAACAGUGGAGUGAUGUUAUUGGACCUUGGUGCAAUGAGGGCCUCAGUUCUUUACAACCAGCUGCUGGAGCCUGCCAAUGUGGCCAAACUAGCAGACCAGUACCGCUUCAGGGGUCACCUGGGUGAUCAGGACUUCUUCACCAUGAUCGGGAUGGAACAUCCCGAGCUGUUUUAUCCUCUAGCCUGUGGUUGGAACAGACAACUGUGUACCUGGUGGAGGGACCAUGGAUAUGGAGAGGUGUUUCAGAUGUAUUAUCGCUGUAGUGGACCCGUCUAUAUCUACCAUGGGAACUGUAACUCACCUAUACCAGAUGACUGAUACUGGAAAUGAAAAGAUUCUUUAACAUUUACAAUGAAGCUAAAGGGAAAUUCCAGCUUUUUGACCAGCAAACAGCACAUGUAGCCUCAGAGUCUGCCCCCUGCAGGUCAGGGGGCUAGUGAAGGAAUCACCCAUAAAAUAAAGCCACAAAUGUGGUGCGCAUCUGCUUCAGUUUGCAACAAAAUAAGCCUUUGCAUACACAUACAUGACAAGAAGCUGUAAUGGCAUUGGUGUUUUAUCAGUUACUGAGCUGAUAAACAGACCCAGUGAUGAAAAGGUUUGUGGGCAGAGAUGUGCUGCUAGUUACAAAGUGAAGGUGAUCAUUUCUUAUCUUGUAUUUGAUUGGCCAACACCUAUUGGCAGCACCUACGAAAAACACUUCAAUCUGCAUUGUGGUAGAAGUUUAUCCUUUUGCAGGUACCCUUUGUGAGCAGGGAGAAGGUUAAUGUCAGCAUGAAUGCUACCUACUUUUUAUUAAUUUUUGAAGGUUAUUUCAAAUAAUUUUAUUUUCAUUUGCUUACAUGUUGAUUGAUUUCAGUUAUUUUGCUUCAUGCUUGAAGGAGACACCACUAUCCCUUGAUAUGCCCCCCUUUUUUAAUGACUACAGUUAUCUGAAAUGAGUAUUUAGUCAAGAAGCUCACUUCCUGAAAUGAAACACAAAAAGAUCUCUGAAAUCUUUUCUCCCUCUCUUCACUCAAUCCAAUUUCCAGCAGAGUGGCCAAAGUCCACCCCAUGUCGCCUUAUAUCCUUGCAACACCAGGCCGGGUGAGGGCUUAUCUGGGGACAUUUACCUCCAGCCUCUGAGGCUUAAGACACGUGCGAGCUGGCCACAGCACACUGCCACAGUUCUUUUCAAAUGAAUGUUUUUGUAGGCUGGAAGAAAAGAAAAAGAAUUGCUGCAAAGUGUGUGUGGAUGGGGGGUGUUUGGGGGGAGUCGGGUUGAUAGUUGUUAACAAUGACGCUGGUGAAUGCUGUUGUUCGUGUCCUGCAUUUGCAGUUUAGCUGAGGUCAAACGCUGUCCAAUCAGCCACAAACAUUUCUGAAGGAGUGAAUCUGCCAGGUAACGUGACUCAAGACACUGACCCACUUUUGAGUUUUUCUUGCUGUGCUCAGUCAGAGUGACAGAAAUGUCAACACUCAAUAUUCAUCAGUCGGGAAAUUGUCUGAGGUGAUGCACACUUUACCGCACAUUAGAGUGGAGUGGCUGAAUGCUCUGUGCCGUCAAUAGAGUCAGACAGGAAAAUUGAGACAAGGCAUUAUUCUGGAUCAAUUCACUUCCCUUGAACUCACCCUGAAAUAGAUCGAUAUUUUUCCAGCCUCUUUCAGACAAACACUCUUUAGCUGUCUUGGCUGUAAUUUCCUUUGUUUAGUGAAAAUAGAAAUGAAAAUAAUCCCCUGAACAGUCCCUCCUUGCACUUUACAAAGUAAAGGCGCUUCAGCAUGAAGGCUUUUGUUGGCUAGUUAGCUUAAUUUGUUUGCUUUUAAUGAUAUCACUUUAUAUACUUUGAUCAUAUUAUUUGUUUUGUGCAUUUCACCCCAUUUUAGAGUAGUUUUUUUUUUUAAAGCAGCAAUUAAUGUUAAUUUCUGUCAUUUUCCUUUAAAAAUGUACAUGCUCUUCAUCAUGUGACUGAUAUUCGAUGACUGUGGCAUUUUUUUAUUUGCACAACAUGAAGAAAUGACUAUAGAGUAAUGGUAAAAUCUUUGUUAAUUAUUUUUGCCACUAUAUAAUUAUGUAGAAUAACGGCUGUAAAUGGGACAUUUAUAAGAAUAGGUUAUAAAUUGACAUCUAAAUAUCCCAGAAAGGAUACAUAAUAAUAAUGAAUAGCUGAUGAAGACCAUCGCACCUAAUUGAUUUGUUCAUGUAUCUAAUCCAAGAGUAAAAAGCAGCUGCUCCGACAGCUUCUCAUCUCAACUUCAACUGUAUUACUACUCUUGUCAUACCUACUUUUAGAAAAGUUGAGACAGCAACAAAAUACAACAAUUUGACGAAUGUUAUGGAUUCACUUUCAUGAGUAUAAUUUUAAAUUCUAGCAUACUGACUUUUAAGUGAUUGUUAGAACCAACACCAUUGUCUUUGUAUGAUUUUGGGCUUAAACAAGAAAACUGAAACAAUUGGUUAUACACUUUAAAAUGCAUUUAUUGUGUUUUGUUGAUUGAUAAUCCCUGUGUACUGUGUAUAUACUUAAAAGUUAUGUUGACACUUUAUUUUACAACUCCAUAUCUGUUGCUAGUUGCUGAAUCAACGUUACUGUAAAGUCUCCUGGUAUUACUUGUUUAUUUUGUUACUUGUGUUAGGGAUUUUUUCUUUAAAAACUAUUCUAUUUAAACCAAAGUAAAAACUAAUACACUGUUUACCUAUCUUCACAAGCUUUCUUCUGUGUGUAUGAUAAAGCUCCUGCAUGGAGCUCUCCGUCAGUGUCACUUUUGGAGCCUCCUGUAGACAAAGAAGCACCUCUUACAUCUUAACUGAGUUUUUCGGGUACAAUUCAAAAUGUAUUACUCAUAAUGAAUAUUUGCAAAUGAAAGGCUGUUUCUUCAGCAUGCUAUAAAACCUCUAACACAUACCCCCUCGCAGAUAUUAUAGCCAUUUAAAUUACAACAUAAAAACUGUCCAGCUUCUAACUGUUGGUCUCAUUUGCUCUUGUUGGUCCUGAAGAGGCAUCACUGUUAAUUUCAAUCUGUUUCAUAACCAGCCAAGAAGUCCUUACAGGAGCUAUAAUUUAAAUUACCAGUUGUAAGUGUUCCAGUAAAACACAGUUAGUUCCUUUAAUGAGCUAGCGUUAAAUUGUGAGGAAAUUGUUGACCUUUAAAAUGAAGCAUGACACAUUUGUGACUUUUAGACACUCCCUGCUGUGUGACAAGAUAGACAAAAAUGAGACUCAUUUGCUUUAACUUGGUCAUUUUGAUAAAGACUCACCCUCACACACAUUUUCCGGUUCUGGUUUCAGUGUGAACUAUGUCAAUGUUCUGUAUCAGUAGCAUGAUUGUGCACUUCAAACUUUAAAGGGCUAUCACAUGUUUGUAUGUACAUUUUUAAGUAGAUGAGUCAUAUUUCACUUAAAAACACCUUGACAUAAAAAUCAACGGUGUUAAUGUUAAAAUGAAGGAUUUGUUUUUAUGUUUGUCUCGACAUUGUUUCAGACCCAUUUUCAUUUUUAUUUUCAGCUUUUUCUAUAUAAAUUAUGCAACAAUGAUGCAGGUUUUGUGGUCAUUUUAAUGUUUUAUACAUACUAAUAAUGCAUUGAAGUGUGAAGAUCUGCACUGGUAACACUUUUGACGCUUUUUGUAACUUAAAAAAAAAAGGAGUUAUCAAACUCUCCCAGCUCCUGGACCCAUAAAUUGACUAAUAUCUCACCACAAACACCUGUUUGAUUUUGCUUUCAGGUGUUUUUAGAGGUGUAUGACAUCCUUCAUGAAAAUAGACGUUAAUUUACUCCAGUUUUUUUAUGCAUAAAAUUAUUGAAGGAAAUCCUGGGUCCUUGAAAUGCAUUUUGAGAAACACUUACUGAAGGCUUAGACUAAAUGUGUAUGUAAAUGGAGUCAUCUAAACAUCUUAUUUCACCUGUCAUUCUAAAACUUUUAUAUCAUGCCACUCUUUAGAGGCCAAACUAAAUAAAUUGGGCAGUAUAGAUUUUAGAUUUUUACUUUAUUAAAUAAUUAAUUUUGCAUUGUAUGUGAAAUAAUUUCUCUAUAACAUCAGACCUACUAAACAUUAUCUAUGAUCAUCCAUGCCCCAUCUCUGCACUAGCUCUCCACCACAGACAUUUGACAACCCCUGCAAAAUACCAACCUGUGCUAAUAUUCUUGUUUGUCUGCUACAAGAUAGGCAUGACCUAUUUCCAUCACUCACAUCUGCAAACCCUCCAUAGACAGAAAAAUUACAUCAGCCUUGACCUCUGAAUGUGCUGACAUUAAAUAACCUAAUUUGCACAUGCAACUGAAAUGUCUCUUGUGUCAAGAUAUGCAGGAGUGUAAUAUUUCCUCUGUAUGCUAAAAAGGGCUGUUCUGUAAAAUAAAUUCUUGGACUUUUCUGCUUA